GCUCAUGCUGACGGGCUCCCGAACAGCUGCUGCCGGACCACCGACCGGCCCAUCAGACCUCCACCAGAACCCCGCCUGUGCAGGCCGCAGGUGAACGGCUCCUGUGCGGCUGAGCGGCUCGGAGAUGCCGGUGCAGAUCCCGGACGACUCGGACUUCUCCUCGUUCAAAGAUCAGUGUCUGAGCGCGGACGGAUGGACGAGCCGCUACAACAAGGGGGGGGUGACGGUGUGGUGCCGCGACCAGGAGAGCAGCACGGUGCAGAAACUCAAGAUGAGGAUAGUGUGUAAAGACGUGAUGGCGGAGACGCUGUACGACGUCCUCCACGACACCAGCUAUCGCAAGAAGUGGGACACCAACAUGAUUGACACGUACGACAUCGGCAGGCUGACCGUCAACGCAGACGUCGGAUAUUACUCCUGCCCACAACAUCCUCCAAAGAAGGACUAUGUCCGAGCCGUGUCUCUGCUCACCGGGUACUUGAUCCAGUCCAACGGCACCGCCGGCUCCACCCUCUACUACCUGACCCAGGUGGACCCCCGAGGUUCUUUACCAAAGUGGGUGGUGAACAGAGUCUCUCAGUUCGUGGCUCCAAAGGCCAUGAGGAAGAUCUACAAGGCGUCCCUGAAGUACCCAGAGUGGAAGCGGAAACACAACCCGUCCCUGAAGCCGUGGAUGUUUCCGGAGCAGAACACGCUGCCGUGCAUCAGCGUGGCGGAGUUGACGCUGCAGCGCGGCGACUCGCUGGAGAACAUCGACGAGAGCGGCGUGAGCGAGGAGAAGACCAACCACAGCGACGACGAAGAGACUUAGAGCGUCUGUUGGUUUGUUGGAUCAGAUGGACUGAAGCUGGAAACGUGUCUGAAUGUCUGUAGCCGCUGUGGUUCUGUUGCUGGUUCUGGUUCUGUCUGGACCUGCUGUGUUUCUCUUCAGAAAUGUGAAAACACUGGUUGCUGUUGGUCAUGCUAACGUCUCUCCUCCUGUGAGGAUCUUCCAGUUUGCUCAGGCUCUGUCCUUCCAGACGGCAGUGAUGCUUCUGUUCCGUUGACUUAUUUGUUGUUUGGGACUCAAAACUACGUUCUGUAAAAUAUUUUGGC